AUGUCACUUUUCAAACCAACAUUAGCAGUUGCACUUUUAUCUGCUGAUUUGAAUUAUAAGUUACGUCAUAGCCAUAUAACAUUUGGGAAAAGACAUAAGAAAGACAGAGACAUAAUUAAAGAAUUGACACCCAAGGCAUGGUCAUUUUCAAUUAAAGAAACAAAUCAGAAUUUUAUGCUUUUUGUUAUAUCUAUUAUUAUGAUUUUAUCUCUUGAGAUUAUUUUCGUACCUUCCAAAAGAUUAACUUUAAUUUUACCUAUUUUAAUAACUGGAUUAUUACUGGCUUUACAAAUUGUUGAUUUGGAAUAUCUGUCACUACCUGCAAACCCAGAACUGAUUCUUAAGAUCGAAAGAGUGCUUCUUAAACAUGCAACUAUAAGAAAUGGAAUAUUGGAUGCAAAUUAUAGCACCAAAAGAGUAGAUGUUAAUUUCAGAGAAGUUGUUGAUGACGGAUUACACAUUAAAGCUAGAGAUUUAUUACUUGAUGAAGGAAUUCAAAUUAUUGCAGUUGGUGAAUGUCAAUUCAAAACAGGGUCUAAGAAAAUACAUGAGAAAUUGUAUCCUAUUGUGAAUCUUCAAUUACCCGGUAAUAUCAACCGAACAUAUAUUGGCCUUUCUCCUUGUAGUUAUAUCUCCUUGUUGAGUGAUAUUAAUGAAUUGAUUAGAUUGAAAGAUCAUAGUCCAACGGGUCAUAGUCAAUGGCUCACUUAUUCUUUGAAUGAGAAUACUGGUGUGUGGAAAAGAGACUGGGUUAAAAGCGAAGAAGAUUCACAUUCCGGCCCCAAUGUGUUGAAUAAUUGGUGGAAACAUAUUUCUGAUAAAACUUAG